AAAGGAGCCAUGCAUCCUUCCCUGAACUCCGCGCUCGGGAGUUGCAGCCAGCGGGGAGAGGGGGGGGGAGGCCGGCCCGGCUGGCGUUCCUCCAAGCACCCCCCACCCACCCCCACCCGCUCCGCUCCUCUCGCCUUCCCCGCCGGUCCUGGUCCCUGGGACCGACUCAAUGAAUCCUGAGGCUGGUGGUGCUGGUGGUGCUGGUGUGAUGCGUUGAUGUGGGGCAGACGCUACCGCAGCCUCCAGCCUUCUCCGCACGGCGGGGUGAAGCGAGCGGGGGAGCGACCUGGUUUUUCAGCCCCCCGCCCUCCGGACAGCUCCGGGACCCGCCGCCGACGCUCCCCGAGCCCUGCAGAACAAGACGCGCGUCUUCCCGCGGCUCCCGAGGAGAUGCCUGAGAAGCCCACUGUUGCUUUGGUCCCAGCUCCAACAUCUGCUUCCUCCAUGGGGAACGAGUUCCGUGUUUCAUCAACCAAGCACAGCAGCAUUUUGCACUGAUUGCUCCUUCCUCUCCACAUGGCCUUUCUACUGCUGUCAGCAUAUCUUCUGCUGACUUCUGCUCAGGCUGCUCCAGUUGAGAAUGGGACCCUGGUGGUGGAGACGCUGACAUCGCAAGCCCUCCUCGGCAAUAAGAGUGAACACUAUUUGGCGCAAGUGAGGCCUCCUGGCACAAGCAGACAAAUACCUCAGACGAUUAUCAUCGGCGUGCGUAAAGGAGGGACCAGGGCCUUACUUGAAAUGUUGGAUGUUCACCCAAACAUUGUGGUAGCAGCUACGGAAGUCCAUUUUUUCGACUGGGAUGAAAACUACGUGAAGGGCAUCGACUGGUAUAGAAGCCUGAUGCCGCUUUCGUACGAAAAUCAAAUAACUAUUGAGAAAACGCCAGGCUAUUUUACCUCGCCGCAGGCGCCCGAGAGGAUUCACGAUAUGAAUAGCUCUAUUAAACUGCUGCUUAUUCUGAGAGACCCCACGGAGAGAGUUAUCUCUGAUUACACCCAAGUCUAUUACAAUAGGCUGGAAAACCACAAGCCUGUCCAGCCCUUUGAAGACGUUGUUAUAAAAAACGGUGUCCUUAACACCAAAUACAAGGCUAUCCAGAGGAGUCUGUACGACGUCCAUAUGGGGAGGUGGCUGAAAUAUUUCCACUUGGAUCAGAUCCACAUAGUUGACGGGAACACCUUGAUCAGAGACCCUCUUCCUGAACUGCAGAAAGUGGAAAGGUUCCUCAACCUGCCUUCCAAAAUCUUGUCUUCAAAUUUUUAUUUUAACCAGACCAAGGGCUUCUAUUGCAUUAGGAGCGACGGACGAGAGAGGUGUUUGCACGAGUCCAAAGGGCGGCCCCAUCCUGUGGUCAACAGUACAGUCUUAGAGCAGCUUUACUCCUAUUUCAGAGAGCACAAUGAGAAAUUUUACAGAAUGAUUAAUCAUUCUUUCGACUGGCAUUAAUGACUCCGAUUUUGAAGAAAAGGGUUUCCUUGUAAAACAGUCCUCAGAUGAAUUAUUUUCAAGUUCUUCCUCUUAAAUUUCCGGGUUACAUUCAUUUUGAUAAGAAGAUGGUUAUUUCCCUCCCUGAGAGAGAGGCUAGGCAUGCAUUCGUGUGCUCAAGGAAGAGGCUUAACUUUGGCUUUUAAUUACCGGAAUAAACUCUGCACCAGCUUAAGUUCCCCGACCUCAGUGGAGUUAUGUCAGAACUACACUUAACAUUGUCUGUUUUUAUUCAGAUUUAUGAACAAAAGAAGCUUUGCAGAAAACCACUUUAACUGAUGCUUUAAAAACCUGUAGCUGAAGUGUUAUUAUUCCACUUACAGGUUUUGUUGGCUGCUGUUAUUUUUCUACCCAGCUCCAUGACGGUGGGACUGAUUUUUAAAUCUUUUCAUACUGUAAGAUAAUUAUAUAUUAGAAGAAAAGAUGACUUAGUGGUUCUAUUAUAUAAUUUUAUUUAUUCAGUGAAAUUAUAACUGUAAAGUAUAUGCCAUUUAAAUAUCAAAAGUGAGUUUAAACAGUUUUGGUUUACGUUAUGAGUCCCUCUAUGUAGAAUAUUUGUAAUCGGUAACACAGUUAUUAUUCACAUAGGUUUUUUAAAAAAAUAACGAUUAUUAAGCUUUUAAUAUUCCCAAUUGAAGCUCUAAAGCAACACAUUAUACACAGUAGACAUCAGGAAUUCUGAAGCUGUAUUCUUAGACAUGAUAUCAAUUAUGUAAUCAUCUAAUCAUAUAAAUUAUGAUUAGAUGAUUGAUCAUAUAAAUUGUAUGAGCCACCCUUCAUAAAUGCAUAAUUAUUACGUCUUGUUUGUAUUUUGUAAUCACUUGUUCCAAUAGUUUAUUAAUUAAUAGUGUUGAUUUGGCACAUUUAUGAGAAAGAAACUGCCUGCUCUCCAAAGUGUGGAAUAAUAAUUUUUGUAAUAUCUAUUUGAAGACCAGAUGUAUUCAAGUGCAUAGUAACUUCAUGUGGUACUGUAUACUAGACACACAAUAUUCAAAAUAAUCAAGUAUGGGUUUCUGAUUUAUCUAUAAAACUAUAAAAUCUACAUGGGUGCAUUAGGAUUUCUUUAUAAUGCUUUUUUUUUUUUACUGGAUAGUGUAACAGCCAUCGCUGCUUCUCAUCUCUGCAUUUCUGGGGGUUUUGUAGAUUGAGGUAUAAGCACAUAUCGCUAUCACACAUUGUUGGCAAAUAAAGGUGUUUGGUUAGCAGCCAAGCAGGCAAACUUUACAAAAGAUGAUGCUAAUUUCUUGUAGGGCAUAAAAUUGUAAUUGGAAGAUACUUUAACACUCACAUAGACAAUCCCCAGUCAAUCCCCAGUUGGGAGCCGAGGUGGCGCAGUGGUUAGGGGUGCAGUACUGCAGGCCACUUCAGCUGACUGCUAUCUGCCCUUAGCCUGUGGUGGAACAAUCCAGAAAGAGGGAGUCCUUGUGGCUACUAACUUAAAAGAUCUCACCAAAGGAUUUUUAAUUGCCUUUCUUAAGUCCAGACAUGUUCAUGUAAGUACAGGCAGUCCUUCAAAAAAACCCUAAUCCCAAUAUAUGCUUAAAUAUGCUUAUGCUUUAAAUUUAAUUUUUAAGGUCCACUUAAAUUUAUUAUAUCCAGACCAGGAUAUAAGCUUAGUAAAUAAAAA